AAUAAAACCCUCGCAUUCUAUCAAAGGGUUUUAUACUACUGAAAUCGGAAGCAUAAUUUCUAGCUCGAGGAGGAAAAUGGCGAGAGCUGCAAUGUUCCGUUUGCUUAGAUCUCAGUCUAAAACCUUCUAUUCAGGCAACCACCUCCCUAGGGUUGGUCCGUGGGCCAAUACACUAUGCUCCAAAACCAAUGCCAACUCUGCAGUGCUGUUUUCUUCCGUACAGAGACGAUUUAUAUCUCGAUCAGCUGCAGUAGCAGACAGGAACAAGAUUAGUAUUGGGCAUGAAAACAGGGGAGAAGAGGGAAGUAAUAUCAAGAACUAUGAGGUUGUUUACAACGGUCCUAUAUCAAAUACAAUCAAGAAAGUGAAGCUCCUCUCACUCUCAACCUGCUGCCUCUCAGUGUCACUAGGCCCCAUCGUCACAUUAAUGACAUCUGAAGCCUCGAAUGUGAUUCUAAAGGGCGCAGUUGCAUCUUCGGUCAUAUUCUUAAGUGCUUCAACCACUGGUGCCCUUCACUGGUUUGUGAGCCCUUAUGUCCACAGACUCAGAUGGCAGCCUGGCUCUGACAGCUUCGAGGUCGACAUGAUGUCGUGGCUGGGCACAUAUUUAACAAGGACCAUCAUGUUUGCAGAUAUCCGACCUGCAGAGACCCAGAGGCCAUAUGUAUCAUUCAAGGCUAAUGGCAAUUUCUACUACAUCGAUGAAGAGCAUUGUGAUAACAAGGCAUUGCUAGCAAGGUUGAACCCUCAUGACCGGUCUCGUGAUACUGCUUUCAAGAACUUGUGAGGUUCCAUAUUUACAGCUGUAGCUCUCCUCCUUUCUCCGCAUGAACUCAUGCAAAACUCUCCCGUGAAGUUUCAGCCUUCAGGUGUGAAAUAAGGUUAUCCCGGUAUGUCACAAGGAUUACCCCUCUUUUCAAGCAGACAUAUAUCCAUGGCAAAAAACAUAUGUUUCUGCAAUUUUGACCGGAUCUCCUCUAAUUUUACAUGAAGAUGUUCCUCUGUGUGAA